AUGCAGUCCGACGAUGUCACUCCAGGCAUCCCGAUUGUCGAUAUCAGUCCCUUCCUUGAUCCCAAUGCUUCAACCGAAGCCCGCCUGGCCGGUGUCGCAGCACUCAGUCAGGCUGCACACAUAUACGGGUUUUUCAACCUGGUCGGCCAUGGAAUUCCCGAUUGGGUUCUGGAGGAGAUCAUGACGGUCAACAAGAUGUUCUUCAAUAUGUCCGAAGAGGACAAAAUGGAGGUGUGGAUCAACAAGUCCUUGGGUCGGUCUUUCAGAGGUUAUGAGCCCCCAGGGAUUCAAACCCACCAUCCGGGACUACUGCCUGACAUCAAAGAGACCUUCAUGGUUGGGCGAGAGGUGCCAGAAGAAGACCCUGACUGCGGGUCGUUUUCGACCGGGCCCAACCUGUGGCCAUCUCGACUCCCCAAGGCUGCAUUCCAAGACCGAGUCAUGGCGUACCAGAGCCGAAUGGUGAGCCUAGUCCGCACGAUUCUCGACAUUCUCGCCCAAGGUCUGCCAGCAGAAUGGGGUUGUUCACCCGAGGUGUUCCACGAUUUACUUGUCAAGCCCUCCAUCCCAAUGCGCUUUCUACACUACGCACCCGUACAGGCAGAAGAGGAUGCUCGUCAGUUUGGAGUGGCCGACCAUACCGACUUCGGAUGUGUGUCCAUUAUCUUGCAGGAACCAGGGACUACGGGUCUAGAAGUAUACCAUCCACCCUCUGAAUCCUGGGUGCCCGUCCCGGUGGUUGAGAAUGCCUUUGUGGUGAACAUGGGAGACAUGAUGCAGCGUUACACGGGGGGGUUCUACCGCAGCGCUCGCCAUCGGGUGUUGACCAACCGUCUCAAUCACCGCUAUAGCGUCGCUUUCUUUCUGAAUGGAAAUCUGCAGCUCAAUGCCAAGGCUCUGGAUGGUUCGGGGGGAGAGACAGUGGUCGGUGAAUACAUUCGUGGUCGUCUGAUCGAGACGAUGGGGUCUACAGGUCGAGUCCUCCAGCGCGAGGUGACCAGUGCUUGA